AUGGCAAAUCAAUAUUUGAUGGCCAAUCCAAGGCAGUGCGUCAACGGCAAGGCCUUGUUCCCACCCUGGUUUCAUACCGGCGCCACAAUUUGUGGUGUUGAUAGUGCGUUUUAUACUAUACGAAUGUCGUGUAAUCUUGAAGUAGAUGUCAAUGGCCACCAUACCUUCUUCGUGACAGAGAAAGUUGUUGCGUCUUUCUCUGGUAGAUUUAGAAAGUUAUUUGGAAAAUCGACAGGCAGGACAAGAGGCCUCAAAGUUAUAUUCCAUGAAUUCCCCGGUGGAGCUGAGGGUUUCGAACUCAUUGUUAGAUUCUGCUACAAUGGAGGCAGAAUUGACAUAACUCCUUACAAUGUAUUGUUACUACAUUCUGCUGCCAAGUUCAUAGAAAUUAAUGAUUUGACAGACCAAACAGAAGUAUUUCUUGAAAGUAUCCAUCACUGGACCUGGUUAGAGCUAAUUGAGUGCUUAAAACAGUUUCAAGAAUUAGUAGUACCUUUAGAGAACCAGUCGUGUAUGCUGCAAAAAGUCUUGGAUUGUUUCAUUGGAAGGAUUUCUCCCCCUCGUGUUUCGAGCCCUUGUGCUUCUUCAUCUUCUUCGUCCUCAGAGAGCUCAAGUGUUCAAGUUUCUGGUGAAAUAAGUAUUUAUAGCAGCAGAUUUAGCAGUUCUCUAUUGGCUGUUUGGUAUCGGGAUCUUGAAUUCUUGAGCUUGGACUUGUUUGAGAAAGUAGCAAAGACUAUGAUCUUGCAGAAACUCGAUCAUGAGACAAUAUGUUCUUUCCUUAAUUACUAUCGGAGGAUGAAACUUAGGAGUCUUUCAUCAUCGGAGAAGCGUAAAUUUAUUGAGAUUGUGAUCAAUUUGAUGUGUUCACUAGAUGGAAGCUUCAUUUCUUUCAGAAGUCUAUGUCACAUGCUUCAAGUUUCCUUUACCUUAAAACUCACAAAAAGUUCCAUGAAGAAAUUAGAAUGUCUGAUUGGUUCUAGGUUGGAUGAAGCUACAUUGGAUGGCUUACUUGUCCCAUCUCGACCCAAAAAGAGCCUUGCAUACGACGUCAAUUUAGUCCUCAGAUUCUUGAAAAUAUUUUUCGAAGAAAGCAGGAAACAUUUAGCCGUAAGUCCUUUGAAGAAAGUUGCUCGUUUGACAGAUUUGUACAUCGCACAAGUUGCUCCUGAUCCUCAUCUUAAACCUUCCAAGUUUCGUGCAUUAGUCUUCGCCCUGCCUGAUUUCGUGAGAGACUCUCAUGACAGAAUUUAUGAAGCAAUGGACAUGUAUUUUCUGGCUCACAACUAUGUAUGUGAAGAAGAGAGAAUAAAAAUCUGUUGCGUGCUGAAUUGCGACAAGUUAUCUCUGAAUUCUCUGAUACAUUUAUCCCAUAAUGCAAAUUUUCCAGCAAAGGGGAAGGAAUGUAGGAAAAAGCAGAAAAAAGCAGCAAAUGCUAAGAAAUUUGAUGUAAACUGGCCAAACAAAGACAGAUCAUUGCCUAGACUUUGUUCAUGA